CCGGCGGAGGCUACCCAGCGAGCGCGGAGCCGGUCGCAGAGACUGAGACGUUUGGCCACAUUUUGGGGACACGAACUGACACCCGUCCUGUGUCAGUAUUCAUGCUCAUCACUGUCCAUGCGCUGGUGCACGAGUGAGCACACAUAGAGGAAGCUGAAUCUUGGGCCCCACAUCUUGCUUCCUGCCUGGACAAGGAGUUGUUGGCAGACCAUGUGGACCCUGGUGAGCUGGGUGGCCUUGGUGGCAGGGCUGGUGGCUGGAACACAGUGCCCAGAUGGUCAGUUCUGCCCGGUGGCCUGCUGCCUGGACCCAGGAGGAGCCAGCUACAGCUGCUGCAGUCCUGUUCCGGGCCAGUGGCCCACAGUGCUGAGCAGGCAGCUGGGCAGCCCCUGCCAGCUAGAUGCCCACUGCUCUCCUGGCUACUCCUGCCUUGUCACCAUCUCGGGGACCUCCAGCUGCUGCCCGUUCUCAGAGGCCGUGUCGUGCGCCGAUGGCCGCCACUGCUGCCCGCGGGGCUAUCACUGCAGGGCUGACGGGCGGUCCUGCUUCCAAAGAUCAGAUACCAACCCCUUGGGUGCCAUCCAGUGCCCUGACAGCCAGUUCGAAUGCCCCAACUCCUCCACGUGCUGCACUAUGCGAGAUGGCUCCUGGGGGUGCUGCCCCAUGCCCCAGGCUUCUUGCUGCGAAGACAAGGUGCACUGCUGCCCCCAUGGGACCUCCUGCGACCUGGCUCAUGCCCGCUGCCUCACGGCCACGGGCACCCACCCCCUGGCGAAGAAGGUCCCUGCACAGAGGAGUAACAGGGCAGUGGUCCUGUGCCCCGAUGGGCAGUCCCAGUGUCCUGAUGGUUCUACCUGCUGCGAGCUGCCUAGUGGGAAGUAUGGCUGCUGCCCAAUGCCUAAUGCCAUCUGCUGCUCGGACCACCUGCACUGUUGCCCCCAGGACACUGUGUGCGACCUAGUCCAGAGUAAGUGCCUCUCCCAGGAGAACACUACGGACCUCCUCACCAAGCUGCCAGCACACACAGUGCAGGAGGUGAAAUGUGACAUGGAGGUGAGCUGCCCAGACGGCUACACCUGCUGCCGCCUACAGUCGGGGGCCUGGGGCUGCUGCCCUUUUGCCCAGGCUGUGUGCUGUGAGGACCACGUACACUGCUGCCCAGCUGGGUUUAAAUGUGACACAGAGAAGGGCACCUGUGAACAGAAGGCCCACCACGUGCCCUGGAUGGUGCGGACUGUAGCCCGCCUUCGCCUGCUGAACACCCAGGCCAUGGAGAACGAUGUCCCCUGUGAUAACAUCACUAGCUGUCCCUCCUACAAUACCUGCUGUCGACUCGCAUCCGGGGAGUGGGGCUGCUGUCCUGCCCCAGAGGCUGUCUGCUGCUCAGACCAUGAGCACUGCUGUCCCUAUGGCUACACGUGCUUGGCCGAAGGGCAUUGUCAGAGGGGGGGCGAGACAGUGACUGGACUGGAGAAGACACCUGCCCGCCGGGCUUCCCCGUCUCGCCGCAGAGACAUAGGCUGUGACCAGCACACCAGCUGCCCCGUGGGGCAGACCUGCUGCCCCAGCCUGAGUGGGGGCUGGGCCUGCUGCCAGUUGCCUCACGCUGUGUGCUGUGAGGACCGCCAGCACUGCUGUCCGGCUGGGUACACGUGCAACGUGAAGGCUCGAACCUGCGAGAAGGAGGCCGACUCGGCCCACCUGGCUGCCCGCCUGGCCCGUGGCCCUCGCGUGGGUGUGGGGAACGUGAAGUGUGGGGCAGGGCACUUUUGCCACGAUAACCAGACCUGCUGCCGCGAUAGCCGAGGGGGCUGGGCCUGCUGUCCCUACCCCCAGGGCAUCUGUUGUGCCGAUCAGCGUCACUGCUGCCCCGCUGGCUUCCGAUGCGGGUUCAAGAGCACCAAGUGUCUGCGGAAGGAGAGCCUGCGCUGGGACAUGCCACUGAGGGACCCAGCCCCGAGACAGCUGCUGUGAGGCGAGACUAAGGACUGAAGACAGUCUGCAGCCCUCAGGACCCUGCUCAGAGGGUCCCUACUGCUCAGGUGUCCCCAGCACUUCUCCUCCACCAAAUUCUCCUGGAGUCCCCCAUUCUGAUCCCCCCCCAUCAUGGGAGGUGGGGCCUCAAUCUAAGGCCUUCUCUGUCUCAAGGAGGGCCUUGGUGAAAGCCACGUUACAAGCUGCCAUCCCCUCCCCCAAUUUCUGUGGACCCUGUGGCCAGGUGCUCUUCCCUAUCCACAGGCAUGCGUGUGUGUGUGUGUAUGUGCUGCAGUAAAGUUUGUACACUUU